AACUUAGUAUUUGCGGCAAGAAAAUGCAACGCUUGGCUUUAGCACGUAGUUGCAGCUUUCUGCUUAGGAGCUGUUCAUACCAGCAAGGUCGCUAUCUGGCCACCGUACCCGUGGAGGAUGUGAUCUUUCCCAGCAAGUCGGACUUUCCCAGUCGACAUAUUGGACCCAGAAAAACGGAUGUGGUUGCCAUGCUGGACACAUUGGGGUAUAAGUCCCUGGCAGAGUUGACGGAGAAGGCCGUGCCGCAGAGCAUACAAUUGAAACGUGAAUUAAAUUUGGACAAGCCACUAAAUGAGCAUGAGCUGAUAAGUCGCAUACGCGACAUUGCUCAGAAGAAUCAGCUGUGGCGCUCGUACAUUGGCAUGGGCUACCACAAUUGUCAUGUUCCCCACACGAUUGUGCGUAACAUUUUCGAGAAUCCCGGCUGGACCACUCAGUAUACGCCAUAUCAGCCGGAAAUCGCGCAGGGUCGUCUGGAGUCUUUGCUUAAUUACCAGACACUGGUGUCGGAGCUAACGGGUCUGGAUGUUGCCAACGCCUCGUUGCUGGAUGAGGGUACAGCCGCUGCGGAGGCCAUGUGCCUGGCAACACGGCACAAUAAACGCCGGAAGCUCUACAUGACCAAUAAGGUGCAUCCACAAACAUUGUCGGUGGUGCAGACGCGUGCCGAGGCUUUGGAGUUGGACAUCAUUGUGGGACCCAUACAGGAUGCGGACUUGGCCAGCCGCGAAUUGGCCGCGAUAUUGCUUCAAUAUCCGGACACCUAUGGCGAUGUGAAGGACUUUGAGGACAUUGCCGCGUUGGCGAAAAAAAAUGGCACACUUGUCGUGGUGGCCACAGAUUUGUUGGCUUUGACUUUGCUGCGUCCGCCGGCGGAGUUUGGCGCCGAUAUUGCCAUUGGCACAUCCCAGCGUCUCGGCGUCCCCCUCGGCUAUGGUGGCCCACAUGCCGGCUUCUUUGCUUGCAAGCAAAAGCUGGUGCGACUGAUGCCCGGUCGCAUGAUUGGCGUCACACGUGACAUGGAUGGCAACGACGCCUAUCGUCUGGCGCUGCAGACACGUGAGCAGCACAUCAGACGUGAUAAGGCCACCAGCAAUAUUUGCACGGCCCAGGCGCUCCUGGCCAACAUGUCGGCCAUGUAUGCCAUCUAUCAUGGACCGGAGGGACUAAAGGCCAUUGCCAAUCGCAUUCAUCAUUUUACGCUGACCCUACAGACGGGUCUGCAGGGCGCAGGACAUCAAGUGCUUAACAAGAACUUCUUCGACACCCUACAUGUGCGUCUCAGCGGGGAGCUGUCGCUCGAAGACUUAAAGGAGCGUGCAACGCAUAAGCGCAUUAAUUUGCGAUACUUCCCCGAUGAUAGUGUAGGUGUGGCCUUGGAUGAGACGGUUGGUGUGCAGGAUGUGAACGAUCUAUUGUGGAUAUUCAAGGGACAAUCAGUGGAGCAAUUGCUGGCUAGAAAGGAUGUGCUCAAGAAUUCCAUAGAGAACUCCAAAUUCUUGCGUACCUCACCCUAUCUCCAGCAUCCCAUCUUCAAUAUGUACCACAGCGAGUCCCGCAUGGUACGCUAUAUGAAGAAGUUGGAGAACAAGGACAUUUCGCUGGUCCACUCGAUGAUACCGCUCGGUUCCUGCACCAUGAAGCUCAAUUCUACCACGGAAAUGAUGCCCUGCUCGUUCCGUCACUUCACAGAUAUCCAUCCGUUUGCGCCGGUCGAGCAGGCUAGGGGUUUCCAUCAGAUGUUUGAGGACCUGGAGCGGGAUCUGUGCGAAAUAACGGGCUACGACAACAUCUCCUUCCAACCCAAUUCGGGUGCCCAGGGAGAGUAUGCGGGUCUGCGUGCCAUUCGCAGCUACCACGAACAUCGCCGGGAGGGACAUCGUAACAUCUGCCUGAUACCCAUUUCUGCGCACGGCACAAAUCCGGCUUCAGCCCAGAUGGCCGGCAUGAAGGUCGAGCCCAUACGCAUUUUAUCGGAUGGUUCCAUUGACAUGGCACAUUUGCGCGACAAGGCGGAGGAGCACGCCCGAGAAUUAUCCUGCCUAAUGAUCACCUAUCCCUCGACCAUGGGCGUCUUUGAGGAGACUGUGGCAGACAUUUGCACAUUGAUACACAAACAUGGCGGACAGGUGUACCUCGAUGGCGCCAACAUGAAUGCCCAAGUCGGCCUUUGUCGUCCUGGCGAUUAUGGCAGCGAUGUGUCGCAUCUGAAUCUACACAAGACCUUCUGCAUUCCUCAUGGCGGUGGCGGGCCCGGCAUGGGUCCCAUUGGCGUCAAGGCUCAUCUCGCACCCUAUCUGCCUGGCCAUCCGGUCAUUAGCCCGCUGGAUAGUGAGGAGCAUAGCUUUGGCGUGGUCUCAGCCGCUCCUUUCGGCAGUUCGGCCAUUUUGCCGAUAUCUUGGUCUUACAUCAAGCUCAUGGGCAGUCGUGGCUUGAAACGUGCCACCCAAGUGGCCAUUCUCAAUGCCAACUAUAUGUCCAAGCGAUUGGAGCAGCACUACAAGACGCUGUAUAAGUCGCCCACAUCGGGGCUUGUGGCCCACGAGUUCAUACUCGACAUACGGGACCUGAAGAAAUCGGCCAACAUUGAGGCUGUGGAUGUGGCUAAGCGUCUAAUGGACUAUGGCUUCCACGCUCCGACCAUGUCCUGGCCCGUGGCAGGCACAUUAAUGAUUGAACCGACGGAAUCCGAGGAUAAGGAGGAGCUGGAUCGUUUCUGCGAUGCCAUGAUCUCGAUCAGAGCGGAAAUUGAAGAAAUCGAAGCGGGUCGCAUGGACAAGAGUGUGAAUCCAUUGAAAAUGGCGCCACACACGCAGGCACAAGUGAUAUCAGACAAGUGGGAUCGACCCUAUACCCGCGAACAGGCUGCCUUUCCAGCGCUCUUUGUAAAGCCCGAUGCAAAAAUUUGGCCAACUGUGGGCAGAAUCGAUGAUGCCUAUGGCGAUAAACAUUUGGUAUGCACCUGCCCGCCCAUAUUGCCCGAUAUUUAGGUAUUUACAGCAGAAAUUCUUAAUGUAGUAGAAUAAUGUAGAUGUAAUAAAUAAAGUAGAACUUUACGAACUGGCUAUUAUAA